CAAGGUGAGUUACAGUAAUAGCACACACACACACACACACACACACACACACACACACACACACACACACACACACACACACACACACACACACACACACACACCCACACACACACACACACACACACACACACACACACACACACACACACACACACACACACACACACACACACACACACACACACACACACACACACACACACACACACACACACACACACACACACACACACACACACACACACACACACACACACACACACUUUGUUUAAUAAACAAUCAUAAUAACUGUAAUUCUACCCCUUUUUCUCCUGAAUUUCGUGACGUCCAAUUAAGAUCUUGUCUCAACUCCCCAAUGGGCUCAGGAGAGGCGAGGCGAGGGUCGAGUCAUGCGUCCUCCGAAACAUGAUCCGAGAACACCGCUCGCUUAACCCGGAAGCCUGCUGCAACAAUGUGUCAGAGGAAACACUGUCCAACUGAUGACCGAAUUCAGCCUGUAGGUGCCCAGCCCACCACAAGGAGUCACUAGAGUGCAAUGAGCCAAGUGAAGACCCGCUGGGCAAGGGCAAUCCCCCACUAACCCAAUUGUGGGCGAUUGCUGGACCACUCGAGAGGCCCAGCGCAGACAUUUUUGUUUUCUUCUACAGAUGGGUAUAUCGGUCUGCUAAUAAAGGACUAGCAAAGGCCCAGUGCACUACUUUUGUUUCAAAAAAUACAAAAUAAAAAUGUGUUAUUAUUUAUCAUUUUUUGAUAUUAUGAUUUUUCAGGGGGUGCUGCAACACCCUCCGCACACCUACUUCCCACGGCUGUGAUGUGUUGUGUCAUCUGCAGGAUGUUUAUACUUAUGACUGCUUCUGUUUGCAGAAACAUCCCAGGAUACAGAAGUGGAACUGAGUGAGCUGAGAAUACAGGAAGCUGAUGUAGAUCAACAAAGCAGUAUUUGUGACUUUAUGACCUGAUGAUGUGAUCAAAUUGACAAAAUCAUAUCAGCUGUGUAACAUCUCUUUGUCUGCCCUUGAAUAAUAUCUAUUGAGGCAGAAAGUUUAAUGUGAAAUGCAUUUCAACUGUAGCAGUUGAAUACAACUUGGUUACUUGUGUUAAUAAAUACAGUCAAGGAUGGAGAACUGCCUCAGUAAUUUAUUCACCAGAAGAUGGCGAUACUGUAACGCUCUGUAAGUAGCUGAAGACAUAGGUUGCAACUGUUAAUGAACUCUGAUAGUGACUGAAUGGAAAGCAUUAGUCAUCAGGUAAAUAUUUCUUACCACAGGUGGUGUAGGUGCUAUAGCAAGUUUGCUGUACUAAGUUUUUUUAAAGACAUCCUACAAAGUUUUUAUUUUAAUUUUUUUAUUUUUUAUCUUUUGCUGUUGAAAAGCAACAUUCCAAGUAUAAAUAUAGUAAAGUACACACACCAAAGGGUAAAUAAGUGUUUUUUAGACACAUCUGCAAACUUCAAGAAGUAGGGAUUCAAGGAGCUGUUCUGAUGGUCAGGUUCCCUCUUGCUUGACGCACAAUAGAGGAGCAAUAGAGAACCAAAGAGGAGUGGAUUACCAUGCAAUUGUUAAGUGUAGCUCAGUUGGUAGAGCAUGUCGCUUGCAACGUCAGGGUUGUGGGUCUAAUUUCCACGGGGAGACAAGUUUGAAAAUAUAUGCACGGGAUAAGAGUGUCUACUAAAAGUGUGAAAAGCUAUAUUUUUUAACUGAGCAUAAGUUUAAAGAUCAUUGCCCAUUAAAUGACCUACAAUAAUAUACUAUACUAAAAACACAUAUACGUGUUGGCCUACGAUGUGUGAGGGAGAGGAAACAGACCUCUAAAGUAGAAGCAAUAGACAAGAGAGCUAUGGUAGGUAGGCUCAUAUGUAGGAGGACAGGAAGUGGAAAAACCCUGUAGAUGCAGAGGAGAGAGAGAGAGAGAGAGAGAGAGAGAGAGAGAGAGAGAGAGAGAGAGAGAGAGAGAGAGAGAGAGAGAGAGAGACAUAUUCAGAACAUAUCGUCAGUGUCUCCACUCAACUCACGUUUGUAAUCACAGAGGGUUUGCUCUAACUGAGUGACACAAGCAUGACCUGUCUUGAGAUCUCAUAAGACAUUGCAUCUUUGCCCUGAUGGACCCACCGUGGUCUGACCACAUCCUGCUGGUCUUCUGUCUCCUCUUCCUGGUCUGCAUCCAUGGCAAUGCUCAAGGCCCAUGUGAAAUUGAGGUGCCAAUCAAAAGAAACACUGUUUGGAAUGCUGUCCCUCAGAAACGGCUGACAAUCAACUGCCCCGUGAAACAUUGUGGGGAAACCUUACGUGUCACCUGGUGUAAAUUUGAGGACGCCAACUGCAAACAAAUCAAUGAGACAGAGCAAGUCAAAAUUGGAUGGAAACCAUUUGAUAGCGGGUCAGAAAAUCGUAUUGCAUUUUUGGAUUUUAAGAAGAUAUCUAUGAAUGACGAUGGUUCGUACAGAUGUGGAAUGGCUGGGAAUAAAUCAUCAAUUGUUAGCCAUGCUAUCAAUGUCUCUGUCUCAGAUAUCAACCUGAAAAUGACUAGCACAGCAGACCACAACACAUACAACUCACCAAAUGCAAAGCAUGAUGAGAAAUAUCUGAGCUGGCUGCCGUAUGCUUACAUCUGUGUGGGAAUAGUACUGCUGGUGGUCGUGAUGACAGCAAUCUCCUUCCUCUAUCUUUAUGGAUGUAAAGGACCAACAAGGUCAUCAAAUAACGGCAUAAAGGAGCAGGCAGCACCAUGUCCAGACCUCUCCUCCUGCUCUAAGGGAACCUUUGCAUCAUCACCAUUCACACCAAACCCUGCCCACUCUGACAAUCUCUACAACAAUGGUCCCUAUGCCAAACACAUCAACAGGGCAUCGGCACACAGCCUCCUGAUGACAAACGGAACUCUGCAUUCCUCUGACAUCACAGCUGGAGGUCAAGGGUCAAACCACCUUGUGUACGCUAGCCUGAACCACCAGACCCCUAGAGGGUCCCCGAAACCCCCCCAUAUUCCAACCCCCCAUGAUGAAUGCUCAGAGUAUGCAGCCAUCCGAGUCCACUGAGCCCACAGGCUCUGAAAGAGACCUCAUCCAGACCAUAACGGCACAUUGCUGCUGACUGUUUUACUGUUUAAGUCGUCUUCUUUGUUGGAUCUUUUCACUGAAAAAGAGGAAAGCUGAACAUAUUUUGUGGAUGAAAAUGUCAUUCCUUGGGGGGAUUCAUGUUUUUUUUAUACAUAUAUCAAACUAAAACACACUCUUCCUGGUGUCAUGGAAAUGUUGAGCAGUGUGCUAACCGUAGUGCAGCAGUAUUUCAGAGAAUAAAAUGUGAUUUAAAGAUGGGGGGUAGGGGGAUCGGGGUGAGACAGGUGGGCAAGGGUUUGAGCUAGAGAAUAUGUGCUUCUGAGUGUGAACCCUCCGUCACGUCACACCUCAGAGUUAGAGGAGCAAAAUAACACCCGUUAGUAGUGUGUAUCACAAAGGUUAUCUCACACAUAAUGAUGAUAAACCAUCAUUUGUUAUUGACUAUCAAAAUAUAUAUUUUAAUGAAGAAACCACUGAGACACUUUGGUGAUUAUUAGUGAUGAUUUGGGGAUAUAACAGGGAAAAAUAACUCAUACCGAACAUUUUAUGUCCCUGUGUGUGACUAAAUGUGUGUGCCUGUGUCUAUAUGUCUGCAUAUGACUCACUCAGUAUGAGUGAGUGAGUGAGUGAGUGAGUGAGUGAGUGAGUGAGUGAGUGAGUGAGUGAGUGAGUGAGUGAGUGAGUGAUUGAGUGAGUGAGCGAGCAAGUUAGUGUUGGUGUAUAUUUUUGCACAGAUGCGCGUGUUUGUACGCAUGUGCUGGCUACAGGUUGGGGGCUUUCCAUGGUUUAUGUAAAAUGUUGAGCCCACCACAUAGCCGAAACAGUGAGUUGCUGUAAAUAGAUGUUCUCCCUCUUGAGAGAGUAUGGAAAUUCCAUUCAAAUGUAAUAUGAAUGUAAUAUGAAAGUGCAUAUGACUUUCUCUAUGGUCAUAGGAAGACAGAGGUAAUAGUUUGUAUAACUGUAAAAUGAUGUGGGUGUGGCAAGAUUGUAAUAGUGACACAUACAGUAACAAAUUCCAAUCUCAGUUAUUGUCAAUUAAUUUGAAACAUGUUCGUUUGAAGGCUACAUGUUUACUAUGCAACUACUCAAUUACAAUACAGUAUACUUCACCAGAGAAUAGUGCCAGAGAAAUGUCCCUCAUUUUAUAAAAAAAUUGCGACAAAGACCAUUGUUACCACUUGAAGCAAGAGUGGCCAGUUUUUGAGAAUACAAAAUAAAGCUUGGGUCUAAUGUCUUUGGUCCAACACUG